GCUAUUAGUUUCUGAGAGCCAUGGGACUCCUUUUGUGUAUGUGUGUGCCUUGCUCUGUUUGGAAACAGGGCGCCGUGCAUUUGUUCAGUGCCAUUCUUAUUGAUCUGGGAACACCCUGAUCUUGGGGUGUGCUCUUAAAAAAGAUAACCUUUCCCAUGAAUAAUUGGAAGAAUGCAGUGACUCAGUGCGAUGGACUGUCCUGUGUUUUACAGCGUGGGAGGGAAGAGGGCACACAGAGAACCUGUCCCUCUUGUGUACACUAGGCUGCCAGGGAACGAUGUUCUCGUCUGCAAAGCCGUAUGAGAACCAGCGCUACUCUGCCUUGAAGAAAGACUGCCAGCGGAGGAAAGCCCUCUUUGAAGACCCCUUGUUCCCGGCCAACGACGACUCCCUCUUCUACAAGUCGCGAAUUCAAGGUGUGCAAUGGAAACGGCCAAAGGACAUUUGCGACGACCCCCACCUCUUUGUGGAUGGAAUCAGCUCUCACGACUUGCACCAGGGCCAGGUGGGGAACUGCUGGUUUGUGGCGGCUUGCUCCUCCCUGGCAUCGAGAGAAGCCCUGUGGCAAAAGGUCAUCCCAGACUGGAAGGAGCAAGAGUGGUCUGCUGAGAAGCCAGAGAACUAUGCCGGAAUCUUCCAUUUCCAGUUCUGGCGGUUUGGCGACUGGAUAGAUGUGGUGAUUGACGACCGCCUGCCCACGCUCCACAACCAGCUCAUCUACUGCCACUCCAACUCCAAGAACGAGCUGUGGUGCGCGUUGGUGGAAAAGGCCUACGCCAAACUCUCGGGAUGCUACGAGGCCCUAGACGGAGGCAACACGGCUGACGCUUUGGUGGACUUCACCGGAGGUGUCUCGGAACCCAUCGACCUGCUGGAAGGCGGCUAUGCGAACGACGAAGCCAAACGCAAUGUCCUCUUUGAGCGGGUGUUGAAGGUCUACAACCGGGGAGGUCUCAUCAGCUGUUCCAUAAAAGCCACCUCGGCUGCCGACAUGGAAGCCCGGCUGGACUGCGGCCUGGUCAAAGGCCAUGCCUACGCCGUCACGGACGUGAGGAGAGUCCGCCUGGGCCACGGCCUCCUGUCCUACUUCAAGUCCGAAAAGCUCGAUAUGAUCAGGCUGAGGAACCCCUGGGGGGAGAAAGAGUGGAACGGCCCCUGGAGUGACACCUCAGAGGAAUGGCAGAAAGUCAGCAACAGCGAGAGAGAGAAACUGGGAAUGACUGUCCAAGACGAUGGGGAAUUUUGGAUGAUGUUUGAAGACUUCUGCAGGUACUUCACCGACAUCAUCAAGUGCCGCCUCAUCAACACCUCGUACCUGAGCAUCCAUAAGACCUGGGAGGAGGUGGUCUUGCGGGGGGCCUGGACGAAGCACGAAGACCCCUUGAAGAACCGCUGCGGGGGCUGUGUCAACAACAGAGACACCUUCCUGCAGAACCCACAGUACAUUUUUGACGUGAAGAAAACGGAAGACGAAGUUCUCAUUUGCAUCCAACAGAAGCCCAAAAAGACCAGUCGGAAGGAGGGCAAGGGAGAGAAUUUGGCUAUCGGAUUUGACAUCUAUAAGGUGGAGCUGAACCGGACUUACCGGAUGCACACCCUGCAGCCCAAGGUAGCCAGUUCCAUCUAUAUCAAUUCCCGCAUCGUCUUCCUGAGGACAGACCUGAAGGAAGGGCGCUACGUCAUCAUCCCCACCACCUUCGAGGCCGGCCACGUGGGCGAGUUCCUCCUCAGGGUGUUCACAGAUGUGCCUUCCGAUUGCCAGGAGCUGACCCUGGACGAGCCGCCGCACACCUGUUGGAGCGGGAUGUGUGGCUACCCGCAGAUGGUGUCGCAAGUCCACGUCGUCUCGGCUUCCGGGCUGAAGAACCAGGAUUCGCAAGAAGGCGUGGACCCCUAUGUGAUCAUUAAAUGUGAAGGCGACAAGAUCCGUUCGCCGGUGGUGAAAAGUACCGUGACGCCAGAGUUUGAUGUGAAAGGCCUGUUCUACCGCAAGAAGCCAGGGCAGCCCAUUGUCAUUCAGGUCUGGGACCAUAACCUCAUCAGCGACACAUUUCUGGGCCAGGUGAGCCUUGCAGGUGACCCCAACAACCUCCUGUCGAUGCACAUCCUCCACCUGGAGGACAAAGGCAGCAAACGCGUCAACGAGCUUCCGGGGACCCUCAAGGUGCAGUUGCUCACCAGCAGCGUCCUGACUAACAUCUAAAAGAAGGACGGUUCCCUUCGUGCCACCUGUACAUUCGAUCUUGCAAUAUGCAGUAUAUACAUUUAUCUAUAUCUGUACCUGCAUCAUGUACUGUGCAUGCGUUCACUUUUAAAAGGGGACCAGCUCUCUCGCGUUAGGUUUUGAUUUGAUUUUUAUACAACGGUGCCUUUUCAAGAAGUGGGGGGGGGGAAGUGUUUUCAAAUACAAGUCCCGGGCAUAAUUCUACUGCCAGCGAUGGGCCUCUGGGCAGUAUAAAGAAGUCCCACUCGGGGCUGUAUGUUUACACAGAGAAAUCUGUCUCACAUGCGCACAUGCGUGGCUGGGGGUGGGCUUUGUACCCAGCCUGAAAAAAAACCACCACAUAUUGCCAACCUGGCCAAAGGGCUCAUUUCCUAACUCACAUAUCCCCAAGGGUGCUAUUCCCCAAAGGUGGGAAAAGGCAGGGAGGAGACGAGGCCUCGCUUGCAGGAUGCUCAGGAAGAAACACCAGGAAUUUGUUGCUUAGGUGCUCUCCACAUGCACAAGUUGGCUCAGGCAAAUUCUCAUUUUCUUCCUUAAGAGAUCAAGGUUCUAGACCUCAUGGGUGCAAACGUGUGAGCGAAGCCAACUGAAAUCUCAGAAGGCCAUAUUUCCAGUAGCAGAACGGUGGAGCUUUUAGUAGCUCGUGCCCCCCCCCGCGGCCCCGUUGACUAGCAAAAAACCCAGAAUGCAAUUGCACAAAAUGAGAGGUGAAUAUUUACCCAGUUUCUGUGAUUGCCAGAGGUUGCAGAAUUGGUUCAGGAUUUCAGCUGCCUGGCUACAUAAGCAUCACCAUUUCCUUGAAAAUACUGAGCUAAAAAGGGGAAGGUGAGUGGAUGGGGCGAAGUUUUCCUUCCUCUCUUUUAACACAAAAACUUGGGGACAUUCGAUGAAGAUGGAUGUCGGGAGAUUCAGGCCAGGCAAAAGAAAGUAUUUCACACAGCGCAUAGCUGGAACGAUGUAAGUCGCUACUACAAGGUGUGGAGACACCCAGCGACUCGGGUAGCCUUUGCACAUGACUUCUAACAAACACCGAACUUCCAUUACCAUUUGCAGUUAACAUAGCAAGCGAUGGUAUGGCUCAGUGGUUAGAGCAUCUCCUCUGCAUGCGGAAGGUCUCGGGCUCAGUUCCCAGGCAGGGCUGAGAAAUACCCCUGUCUGAAGCCUUGGAGAGCAACUGCCAAGUCAGCGUUGACAAUACUGAUCUAGAUAGACCUUCCCGUGUUCCUAUGCACACUUGGUCUUGCAUACUGCAACCCUAUGGAACGUGCCUGCUGUUGUUUAUAGACGGCACUGUACACGCAGCAAAACCAGGGCAGUAGAGGGAUCACAUCUGUCAUGUAUUUCCCAUAUAAGAGACACUCCCUGCUUGUUGAAAACUAGCCUAAUGAGCAGGGGAGGUGGCUAUCUCCUUGAUGUUCUGCGUGCUAGUUUUCUAUAUGCAAGGAAAGUUUGAUUUUUGAAAGGUGAUUGUUUUGGAGAGCAUUAGCAAAAUGUGUUUCCGGAUUGAAAUGGGAGGGGAUUCCAUUUGGAGAGUUCAACCACAGAUUUAAUUCCAACUUGUGCAUUUCAGGGUGGUGUGCCUGUGUGUGUGUGUGAUGGGAAUAUUGCCCGUAAGAAAUAAGCCAUAACAUCAAUAGGGCUUUCAAUUUAAUCCGUUUAUUGGGACCAAAAAUACCUUCAGAUGUUUACUUUGGGGUUUGCUUGUUUUUAAAUAAAAAGAAUGGCUCAAUGUUUAUUAUUCUAGCCAAAACUUCGUUCACUGUUUCCGCCCAUUGUUUAGGGACAUAAGAGUUGGGCUUUUGGUCCUUGGAAGUAAAACUGAGAUUGUUUUCAGAGAGGGGAAUGACAAUCAGGAUCGGGCGUGUGAUCCAUAGGUGAUAGGUGAUGUUUCUGAUUUAAGGUCUGCUGGUUCCAACAGUUGUUUUUUGUACCUUUAUGAAGUCUUAUCACUCGCACUUUAUCCAAUAAAUGCCCCGUGAUGUGUAUGAAUGCAAACUGAGGAAAUAUAUUAUUGAGAAGUCGCAAUUUUAGAAAAUGUUGAAAUUGACUGCCUGUAUGAGAUUUGCAAUUAAAAGCCAAAAAAUGGCUGAGUCUUAUCAAUAAA